GCACUACUUUUAACUGAAUGAAUGGUAUGUUGAUAAGCGCGGUUUUGCAUUAAUUGUAUAAUUGUGAUUAAUAUUGUGAUGUGUUUAUAAUAUUUAGACCGUAAAUUAUACGCUAAUGGAAUUUUAAAAGCUUAUUUAUUCAUAUUUAAUAAUUUACCAUUUAUUUUACAAUUGGGUGCGUUUUCAACGAUUGUCGCGUAACAGAUAUUUUAUUCAGAAAGAGAGUUUACGAUGACGAUAUGAGCAGUUCAUCUCUGAUUUUUGCGUCAGUGGAUUUCCAACAGCCGAAACAUUAUGUGAGAUUAUGAAAAUAGAGAGAUUUCAUCUUAACUGAGCGCAGGGAAUUUUUUUAUCUAUUGUGACGAUAAACAAAUGACACGAAGAUUGUUAUUAUAGAAUUCUAAUCAACAAUCAAUUUUUCGUAUUCAGUGCAUCCUGCAAUAUUGUUAAAAAUCUUUCUUUUCGAAAGAAUCAAGUUUAAUUGUUAACAAGGGUUUAAAGAAAUGGAAAAAGUUCAAGAAAUGCCUCAACCAGGUCCUACAGCUCCUGCAGCUCCUUUACCGACAGCUCCACCUUCUUAUGAAGAAGCUGUUGCUCAAUCUGGAUAUGUUGCUAAUCUACCAAGUAAUCCACCAUAUCCAGCAGCUGGAUCUCAAAUGCCUAUGCCAACUCCAUUUGUACCGCAAGGAACUUCAGCACCAAUAACAGUACCACCAUCUCAAAGUAAUGCACCUUAUCCUCAACAAUUUGGAGCACAACAAAAUUUUUCACAACCACCUACUCAAGAAGUGCGAAUAGUUCAUCAACAUGUUGCAGUAUCAUUAGGACCAAAUGCCGUGAAAAUGAGAUGUCCAACUUGUCAUGCUGAUAUCAAAACGACGACAGUUUCAGAUCAUCAACCCAGUGCACACAUCUGUUGUUUUAUUCUCUGUCUUCUUGGAUGUUGUCUCUGUUCUUGUCUGCCAUACUGCAUGAACGCCUUUUCGAGCGUACAUCACUUUUGUCCCCACUGUAAAACUUACAUUGGAACAUGGAAGGGUUGAUUUUCUUAGGAAUCUUAUUAUCUGUGCUGAAAUAAUAUAAUAUCUUUAUAUAUAUAUAUAAUACUAAAUAUGGAUAGAGAGAAUCUAUAAGAUGAUCAAAUUUUAAAUGUAUUCGUUAUCUAUUGGCUCACGAUCUUUAUA